ACGACGUGAGCUUAGAAGCCGCGUAAAUAUGGCCGCGGCCAUAAUGAGCGGUUACCACGAUCGUGUGUAAUGAGUAUGCGUGAUGUUUGUGACUAUCCUUGUUGGUGUACGGUGAUGAGAUCGAUGUGUCAUUGGCAAAGAUGAGCGAAAGAAAGUUUACUCGUGGCUUGGGUAAGCCAGGCAUGGCCGCUCAAUUACGAGAGACCGUCUCUCAGGUAGUACGCGAGAGCACUGUACAGAAUAAGCCACAUCUAGUAGAACCAAUCGAUUUUGAAAGUUUUGUAUUAAAGAAUAAAACUUUAUUACAAAAUGAUCCACAGAGAGAACUUCUACUUUAUCCUCAGGAUGAUGUUUCGCAAGUGGUAUUGCCUAGAAGAUAUCGUACUCUUGUACCAACAGUACCACAGGUUUCGGAUAAUGAGGAAGAAGGAGAAAAUCUUCUUACAAAAGAAUGUUUGCGAAGUUACACAUCUAAUUGGAACCUUAUACAUUAUAAAUAUUCAGCAUAUAGUGGAACUUAUCUUGAAUUACCUAAAAUAGCAAAAGCAGAUGAUCUAAAAGACGAAGUGUAUGAAAUUGAUACAGAAGUAGACCAAGUUGAUGAGGAUUUAACAAAGAGUAAUGGAAUAACAAAAGAAGGCUAUUUAAUGAAAGGGCCAGAAAUUGGCAGCAGCGAUCGUAUGUUUGCGAAUAUUGGUUCAAAAUCAUUCAAACGACGAUUUUGUCACCUCAGACAAGAAGUUGAUGGCACCUAUAUUCUUGAACUAUUUAAAGAUGAAAAGAAAGGAGAAGCAAAGUUAACAAUAGUAAUGGACUUUUGCACCGAAGUUGUUAGGAAUCCAAAACGUGGAAGGUAUUGUUUUGAGUUAAGAAUGAGCGGGACUCAUAAUAAAUCAUAUACUUUAGCAGCAGACAAUGAGACAGAUAUGCAGGAUUGGUUAUUAAAAUUGAGUUCAGUACUACAACAUUAUAAACAACAAGAAGAAAAGCGUGCUGCUUCGUUAGAAAGAGCAUGUAAUACACCCCCUCCUUCUCCACAACCUAUACAGGUUUAUGGAACAUUAAAAGGCUUAGAGCAAAGCAUGAAUCCACAGUUGAUUAAAUAUUCACGCGAAACCGAUACGAGUAUAGCAUUAGCUAGACGUGAAAAUCGCAAAAGAUUGUUCAGUAUUUACCCUCAUAUUCCACAUAGUAAGCAACAAUCGGGUAAUUCUAACGAGCAGAAUAUCGAUCCGUACAAAGAACAAUUUGGACACAGAAUUUUUGUAAAAUGUGAAAGUCUUAAAUUUAGAUUACAAGCACCGAUAGAUGAAAAAGAAUCAUUGUGCCAGGUGGAACCAUAUCAAACAACAUUAAGUCUUUAUGAUGCAAGAAAUGGUAGAAAACUUACGGAAAACUUCCAUUUUGACAUUAAUCACGAAGUUGUUCAGGGAAUGGUAAAAGAAUUAAGUCCUGUAGGUAUUAUGACAGAAUCUACAGAAAAUUUAAAAUUACCAGACGAUUUAAAAAACAUACCAUUAGAUUGGAUUAAAUAUCCAAAACAGGCCAUAUUUAGUAUUAGUAAUCCUCACCCUGAUAUAUUCUUGGUUGUAAGAAUAGAUAAAAUAUUACAAGGGAACAUAUGCCAAACUUCGGAACCAUAUUUGAGAGCUACAAAAGAUCCGCGAUUAGGUUUGAAAGUGCACAAACAAGUUAGAGCAUGUUGCCAAAGACUGGGGAAUUACAGAAUGCCUUUUGCAUGGGCUGCCAGACCGUUAUUUAGAUUAUAUAGUAAUGAAUUGGAUACAUCGUCAGAUUUUCCGGCAAUAUAUAGACAGGAAGGAAAUAAAAUUAAAGAUGACGAAUUACUAAAACUUCUUUCAGAGUACAGAAAACCUGAAAAACUUAGUAAAUUGACUGUGAUACCUGGUUGGUUAAAAAUAAAAAUUGAGUCAAUUACAGAAUUACCUGACAAUACACUGUCCACGUCCUUAGCAGCUUUAAAGCCAUUUCCAUUACCACCAACGUCUGAACCGAUUCUUGAAGUUGCAGAGUUUGAAAGUACUUCCGAAAAAGACGUUCAUCCUUACACAACGUAUAUUAACCAUCUUUAUGUGUAUCCGCAAACCCUUUGCUUCGACGCUCAAAAGAUAUUUACAAGAGCUAGAAAUAUUGCUUGCAUCGUUGAAUUACGGGAUGAUGAUAGUGAAAAUACUACGCCUUUAAGAUGUAUAUAUGGAAGACCUGGUGCACCACUUUUAUGUUUACGUGCAUGUUGUGCAGUUUUACAUCAUAAUGCAGUUCCUUCCUGGUAUGAAGAAAUUAAAAUACGACUACCGACGAAACUUCAUUCCAGGCACCAUUUACUUUUUUCCUUUUAUCAUAUAAGUUGUGAUAUGAACAAGAAGAAAGAAAAUGGAGUGGAAAACUGUGUUGGAUACGCUUGGUCUCCCUUGUUGUAUAAGGGAAGAUUAAACGUGGAUAUGGAUAUAAACGUACAAGCAUUACCCGUAGCAACAUAUUUACCUCCAGGAUAUCUUUCAAUACAACCACUUGGGCUUGGAAAAGGGAACGCGGGACCGGAAAUUAUAUGGAUUGACUAUCAACGUCCAGUGUUCACAGUAGCAUUUCAAUUGAUUUCAACCGUAUUUACACGGGAUGUACAUUUGCAUAAUUUGUUUGCUCACAUGGAACGAAUCCUGGACACUAAACUGGGAGCAAUGCCAGCAGAUUCGGAAACGUGCAAAAUAUUAAAAGCUGCUCAUGCAGUACAGCUGGUUACUGUUAUCACAUUUCUUCCUACGAUAUUGAACCAAUUGUUUACAUUAUUAACUCAUACUACAAACGAAGAAGUUGGGUUAUUUAUUAUAAGAGUUUUAAUUCAUUUUAUAAACAUGGUGCACGAAGCUGGGAGAAAAGAAACACUUCAAGCUUACAUUAAGUUUGUGUUUGUAUCGCCUUCGCAAGGAAACGGCAGUAUAACUGUCCACGAGCAAUUAGGAAAACAUCUUCCUACAUUAUUACAGCCAAGUAAUACCGAUUUUUUAGUAGUAAAUAAAUUUAUGCAUCACUCCAGUUUCUUUUUCGAAAUAAUGAUCAAAAGUAUGGCACAACAUUUACUUUCGACGGGAAGAAUAAAGAUGCAUAGGAACGAAAGGUUUUCUAAGGAAUACCACGAAAAAAUUCGAAGUUUAGUAGAAGUUAUUAUGCCUUACCUUAUGACCAAAUAUAAAGAAAUGCCCGUUGAAACGCACGAAUUAAAUAAAAGUCUCGCGCAGUUUCUAAAACGAUGUCUUACGUUUAUGGAUCGUGGGUUUGUGUUCCGUCUCAUCAAUUCGUAUAUGGAUAAUUUUUCUCCCGGAGACCAACGUACGCUGCACGACUUCAAAUUUACGUUCUUGCAAAUAAUAUGUUCCCACGAGCAUUAUGCGUCUUUCAACUUGCCAAUGAUGCAAUCGCGUAUCACUUCCAGAGAAGAUACAGAGAGUGAUCCAGAAUGUGAUGAUCUAAUGAGCGAAUACUGUUUAUCCGAAGAUUUCUGUAAACAUCACUUUCUGGUUGGACUCUUGAUGCAAGAAGUUAAAACAUCCCUAAGCGAAAUUGUACAAAUACGAAAAGUCGCGAUAGCUACGUUAAGAGAUUUAGUAGCGAAACAUGAACUUGAUGAUAGAUAUCAGAAUAAGGGUCAAUUAAGUAGAAUAGCAUCUAUUUACAUACCAUGGCUGGGUAUUGUAUUGGAAAAUUUACAUCGACUGCAAUCCGUACAUGAUAAUAAAGCUGAUACUAAACAAAAUGGUACCAAUAGAAUAUCAACUAGUAGUUCAUUUUUAGCAAACAAGGAUACUAGUAGCAAUACAACAACUACUGGAACUCCAAAGUCAAUUCAUAGGCUCACGUUACAUUUGGAUACGCAAUCUCCAAUAAGGGCGUCCAUGCAUCUGCGAGAUUCUACAUACUUCGCUGCCAUAGCCGGACAAGGUUUGGUUAAUGGUUACUCCUGUACUAGUAUAGAAUCAGAUACCUCAACUAUGUCUGGCGCCUCUCAGUCAAAUAUAUCGCAAGAAACUACUAUAAUCCGUGAACCUAUCGAAAACGGUACUGGCGAGAAAAAGAGACACUCACGUUCCUUGAGUGUUACACAAUCAUCGCCUAGAUGUGAUAAAUUGCAAUCGUCUGAAGUUAGAGACAUAUUGCUUUGUUUCCUAUUUGUUAUAAAGUAUUUAGGCGAUCAUCAGGUCAUUGCUUGGUGGCAGCAAUGUAGCGAUUGUGAAAUUUUAAACUUCUUUUCAGUAAUAGAAAUGAGUCUGCACCAUUUUAAGUACAUUGGAAAAAGACAAAUAACUACAAAUGUCGCAAACAAUUGUGGGAAACCUCGAACAGUAAAAGCAAUGACAUUGCCAGCCAGAAUGGCACCGCCCGACUUUUCCACCGAAGGACCUGCUACUAGUACUUUACAACCUCAUAACACUACAAUUAGAGAAAAUCUUGUUGAAACUGAUAGUGGAAAAGUACAUCAAGUUUUAUUAGAAGCAAAUAUGGCAACAGAAAUUGGUCUCAUUGCGUUAGAUUGUCUAGGAUUGUUCUGUAUUCAUUUCAAGGAUGUACUUUUAGCAGCGGAUGGAGAUAAUCCCAUAAUGCAAAAAGUUUUCAGUAUAUAUUUGUCAUUCUUGCAAGUUGGUCAGUCUGAAACUUUGCUGCGCCAUGUUUUUGCUAGUUUUAGAGCUUUUUUAAAUAACUAUUCUAUAAUUCUGUUCCAAGGGAACGCAGUUCUUUGUGGACGUUUGUGUUACGAGCUAUUACGUUGUUGUAAUAGUAAAUUAAGUUCCAUUAGGCAGGAGUCAUGUGCUUUGCUUUAUCUUCUUAUGAGAAGCAAUUUUGAGUUUACUAGUAGGAAAGGUUUGACCAGAGUUCACUUACAAGUGAUAAUAUCAGUUUCCCAAAUGCUUGGAAACGUUAUUGGAUUGAAUAACUCAAGAUUUCAAGAGUCGCUUUCAUUGAUAAAUAGUUAUGCUUCAUCCGAUAAAGUGAUGAAAGGCACUGGUUUUCCGGUCGAAGUUAAAGAUCUCAAUAAAAGAAUUCGAACCGUUUUAAUGGCAACAGCCCAAAUGAGAGAACACAACAACGACCCAGAAAUGUUGGUGGAUUUACAACAUAGUUUGGCCAAUUCAUAUGCCAGCACACCAGAAUUAAGACAUACGUGGUUGGAAACUAUGGCUAGAAACCAUGCGAGGGAUGGAAAUUUUUCAGAGGCCGCUUGCUGUCAAUUACAUAUCGCCGCAUUAAUGGCCGAAUAUUUAAAAUUGAAGAAAGUUCACAUGUGGGGAGCAGAAGCUUUUGACAAAAUCUCUGAAAACAUUUCUAGAGACGAAUGUAGCCUUAAACUCGAUGCUGGUGAGAUUUGCGUGCAGGAUAUUCAUUACAACGACUAUCUACUUCUUGAGCAAUUAGAAGUUUGUGCAGACAUAUUAGAGAAAGCGGAACGAUUUGAACUUCUUGGACAUUUAUAUCGAUUAAUAGUUCCCAUGUACGAAGAAAAACGGAAUUACGAAGCUUUAGCAAAUUGUUAUUCGCAUUUGGCGCAAGCCUGUAAUAAAAUUGUUGAGGUUACUAAAUCUGGAAAAAGACUUCUUGGAAGAUUCUAUAGAGUUGCAUUUUUUGGUUCGGCGUAUUUUGAGGAUGAAAACGGCCAGGAAUAUAUAUACAAAGAACCAAAAAUUACAUCAUUAUCAGAAAUUUCAGAGCGCUUACAUCAUUUGUAUUCUGACAAGUUUGGCGCGGAGAAUGUUAAAAUGAUAAUGGAUUCCGUACCAAUCAACGUGACUGAAUUAGAUCCAAAGCUAGCAUAUAUUCAAGUGACGCACGUUACGCCUUAUUUUGAAAAAUUUGAAUUAGAUGUUCGACAGACAGAAUUUGAACAGAAUCACAAUGUAUCGUGUUUCAUGUUUGAAACCCCAUUUACUAAAGAAGGAAAAGCAAGAGGUAAUCCAGAAGAUCAGUGGAAACGGAGAACAAUUGUUAAAACACAAUAUUCGUUCCCGUACAUUAAGAAACGCAUCUUAGUAAUCGAGAAACGAUUAAUGGAACUGAGCCCGAUUGAAGUUGCUUUGGAUGAAAUGCGACAGCGUGUACAAGAAUUAGAAGACGUUGCUCUAAUAGGCCCAACGGAUGUGAAAAAAUUGCAAUUAAGGCUACAAGGAAGUAUAUGUGUUACAGUAAAUGCUGGACCGCUCGCAUACGCUUCUGCGUUUUUAGAUCCCGCAUUAUCACCACAAUAUCCAGAUGAUAAAGUUGAAGAACUGAAAGAUGUUUUUAGAGAAUUUGUUAAGAUAUGUUACACGGCGCUUCAAAUAAAUAGUAAAUUAAUUACGUCUGAUCAGCAUGAAUAUCAAGAAGUGUUACGUGAAAAUUAUCAAAAACUUUGUCAAAAUUUAUCGUCGUUGCUCGGAGAACCUAUCUGGCCUGAUGAUCAAGUUGGUAAUUUUAAACGUAAUAGUGCUGCUUUAUUUAGUGCUAUUAGUGGUGCUAAUAAUCAUACAAGUACAGCCUAAAAUAAGACAAGGAUCGAUGCAAAAUCAUUUGCAACUGAAUUAGCUUUGUUUUUAAAGCAAUUUCUUC